UUUUUCGUUGUUGUAAUUUUACUUAUUCACCCAAUCGAUUCGAUAUGUAUACACCUGUACAUUUCUCGAUUCUGCACGCGAGUAUUACGACGACUUCAGAGCACUGCGUUAUUUCAACGCGCGCGCGCGUGCGAUUGUACCAGCUGGAGCAACAACAACUACAACAGGCUGCGAGUUAUCGCCGCGCAUUUAAGUCCGCGUGCGGGGCCCCGGGUUGGAAAAGGCCCAGAAGACGAUUUCCGACACAUCACGCAGAGACAGAAAUCUGGCUGACGAGGAGCCGCAGCGGGCGCCGAUCGCGAGAUGGGUUUCUCCUUCAAGCGAAAGAAGGCCAGUGGCUACAGGGUUAGCGUGCAUUAUAUUGAUCGAAAAUCGAUCGAUCGAUUAGCAUAUGCGUGCGAUAAUGCGUUACACGCGCGAUUACUACCACUACUUUGCAGCGGAUGGGUAGGCUGGCCUGCAAGAUGUGCGACUACAACUUCAUGGGCAGCGGCUUCUACGUCAUCCUCGUCGGCAUAAUCGGAUCGGUGAUAACGAUCUCGGACGUGAUCAGAUUGAUGAACUCGACGUCGGCGACCCCGCAAAAUCGGUAUCCGUCGUUUGCAGUGCCCAUCCAAGUCGAGCGCGAUCUCAAGCUCAUGACGUCGAUCCUCGGCCUCGAGCACUACAUGUUCCUCGUCAUAGCCAUCGUCACGGAGUACCCGAUGCUGCACGUGCCCUGGCUCCUGAUGCAGCUCGUGAUAAUCGGCGCCGAGCUCUUCGUCUUCUUCGUGCGCGUCUUCAUCGAGGGACUGCACGUGACUCGCGACGAGAUCGUCUUCUCGCUCAUCACCCUGCACAAUUGGCUCCAGGUCUUCUGCCUGUUCCAGUGGCAGACGCAGUCGCGCGUUUUUUGACUUCCGAUGCCGCGAGAAGCUCGAUAUAGGAAUUGCGCGCGAAAUUCAAUCGGUGCGACGACGGAAAAAAAAUACGUAUACAAACAUGUUGGAGCGCGCA